CACCCGCCACUCCUCAUUGCCCCAGCAUCAUCCUGCCGCCGCGCGCCCCAGCUUCGAAGCCGCCGCCAGCUCCUCCAAGAGCUAGUAAUUAAGCCGAUGGCCAUGGCCACGCAAGCCUCCGCCGCGACGCGCCACCUGCUGGCGGCGGCCUGGUCGCCGGCGAAGGCGCCGCGGUCGUCGCAGCUCGCGCUCCCGUCGCCCUCCCGCGGGCCGGCCCCGCUCCGCGCGGCCGCCGGGGAGCCCGCGGCGGCGACCGAGGAGGCGCCCAAGGGGUUCGUGCCCCCGCAGCUGGACCCCAACACGCCGUCCCCGAUCUUCGGCGGCAGCACGGGGGGCCUGCUCCGCAAGGCGCAGGUGGAGGAGUUCUACGUGAUCACGUGGACGUCCCCCAAGGAGCAGGUGUUCGAGAUGCCGACGGGCGGCGCCGCCAUCAUGCGGGACGGCCCCAACCUCCUGAAGCUGGCGCGCAAGGAGCAGUGCCUGGCGCUGGGCACCAGGCUGCGCUCCAAGUACAAGAUCAACUACCAGUUCUACCGCGUCUUCCCCAACGGCGAGGUCCAGUACCUGCACCCCAAGGACGGCGUCUACCCGGAGAAGGUCAACGCCGGCAGGCAGGGCGUCGGCCAGAACUUCCGCAGCAUCGGCAAGAACGUCAGCCCCAUCGAGGUCAAGUUCACCGGCAAGAACACCUUCGAGCUGUGAUGUGUCGUCGUUACUAUUAACUGUUGCCCCGGUGGUUGAUGGAUAUGUAAUUUUACUAUCAAGCUUCCCUUGGUGAUUGUGGAGAGGUGUGGUAUGGAAUCCCUUAAUUAUAUGUACAUGUUUAUUUGGUGAUGCGAUGCUGCCCAUGUUAACCUCA